UCAAGCUCGCUCCCACCCUCACUCCCAAUUGCGAACCUCUACGACCGCACCGUCACCAAUCCAACAUCCCCGUCCCCCGGGACGACGACGACGACAACAACAACAAACACAUCCCGCCCACCAUGGCGACCCCCACCAACCCCUCAACCUUCAUCCAACUAGCGCAAUCCCUCCCCCCCCGCCUCAAGACCUUUCUGGCGCGCUACCCCCCCCUAUCCAUCCUCCCCCUCGGCGCGGCCCACGCUCCGAGCAAGGCCCUCACCUUUUACCAGCGCGAGACCCCCAACCCGUUCCUCCCGCGGAAGCACCCUGUGACCGGCAAAUGGCACGACCCAAAAUACUCCCUGCGUAGACAGGCUGAGCUUGUCAAGUUGGCGAGGGACCACGGAGUGGAGGAGUUGCUGCCUUAUACGGAGAAGGGGACGGAGACGAGACUGGCGAAGAGGGUGGAGUUUGGGUUGAGGGUGAAGGGUACUGGUUUGGGUGAGAAGGUCAAGGGUCAUAAGCAUGAGAGGGUGCUGGUUGCAAAGAUGGAGAAGAGGAGGAAGGCUAUGCUUGAGAUGCCUGGGCUUAUUAGGGAGUGGAAGAAGGUUGGGAAGCGCAACUGGAGCAAGUUCCCCAGGUAAAGGCGCUACGAUAUCACGAAGACGAUCGACGGAGAAAAAGGACAAUGGGGGGGAGGAGUACCAAGAGGAUGAUGGGGGAAAAGUGUAUAGAUUGGGAGGCAGGGCAGGGCAGGGCAGGGCAGCAUUUGUAUCAAUACCAGCAAGACAACAAGCAAAAAUGUACAACACACAUAUU